GGAAGGGGGGGGGGGGGGGGACGGGACGGACGUCCCGGUUUUUCGAGAAUAAGAGGCUCUCCCGCGCUAGGUUCCUUGAACUCAGCCUUUCUCUGAGGUGCAGAUUGGAAGAUGAAUAAUCUUUCAUUUGGUGAACUUUGUUGCCUCUUCUGCUGUCCACCCUGCCCAGGGAAAAUUGCUUCUAAAUUAGCAUUUUUACCACCUGACCCUACUUAUACUCUGAUGUGUGAUGAAAGUGGAAGUCGUUGGACCCUACAUCUUUCAGAAAGAGCAGACUGGCAGUAUUCUUCCAGAGAAAAAGAUGCUAUUGAGUGUUUUAUGACUAGAACCAGUAAAGGUAACAGGAUUGCCUGUAUGUUUGUGCGUUGCUCACCCAAUGCCAAAUAUACUUUACUCUUCUCACAUGGAAAUGCUGUUGACCUUGGUCAAAUGAGCAGUUUUUACAUAGGACUGGGUUCAAGGAUUAAUUGCAAUAUAUUUUCAUAUGAUUAUUCUGGAUAUGGAGCAAGUUCUGGGAAACCAACAGAGAAGAACCUUUAUGCAGAUGUUGAUGCAGCGUGGUUGGCUCUUAGAACAAGGUAUGGUAUCCGCCCUGAAAAUGUGAUUAUAUAUGGCCAGAGUAUAGGAACAGUACCAUCUGUGGAUCUUGCUGCUCGUUAUGAGAGUGCUGCUGUCAUUCUUCAUUCCCCUCUGACCUCAGGAAUGAGGGUAGCUUUUCCAGAUACUAAGAAGACCUACUGCUUUGAUGCAUUCCCAAACAUUGACAAAGUUUCUAAAAUAACCUCACCAGUGUUAAUAAUUCAUGGGACUGAAGAUGAAGUCAUUGACUUUUCACAUGGCCUCGCAUUAUUUGAACGCUGCCAAAGACCUGUGGAGCCUCUCUGGGUUGAAGGAGCAGGUCACAAUGAUGUGGAACUUUAUGGACAGUACCUUGAACGAUUGAAACAGUUUGUGUCACAUGAACUAGUGAAUUUGUAAAUUUCUUUAUAGAUUUACAUACUGUGUUCUGUUUUGAUGCUGAACUGGGCACCUUGGUAAAUAACUUAAAACCUGAAGGUUUUGUUUUCAAAUCAUGUUAGUUGCCUUCAUAACUGUACAGGUAUGAUUUGUUAACAGAAUUAAUGAAGGUUUUAAUUAUCAGUAUAAAAAACUGGAAAUAACAGUAUCAUGCAGUUAAGCUAUGUAAUUUAUAUAUUUUAUGUGAAUUUUUUUAAAGAAACAAAAACCACCAAGAUGAGUACUGUAAGAAAUUUUAAUUCUAUAAAAAAUCAAAUGCUGUAAAAAUAUUGCCAAAUGCUUUCACAUACCAGAAACGAAUUUAUAAAUAUUUUUAAAACAUCUCAGUGUAUUAAUCCUUGUUGCACUAAUAUAAUAUUCUUUUAAAAAUCAUACAUCUAAAACUGUGCAAAUAGUCAAUGUUAAAACAAAUGGUAAUAAAUACCAUGAAAUGUGCAAGUGUAGAGUUGAACUAGACUCUGUUAUGCAAGGUUAAUGGUUAAAAGGUAUUUUGUUUCCAUUUUUAUAUCCAUAUCCCAAUGGUUAGUCUUACAUUUUCUCUUUUUGUUCAUUACAGUAUUAGAGUUCAUUUUUGUCCCCCAUGUAAUAAUUUACCAACUGGUUACUUUAUAAAGGGAAAGUCCUUAGAUAACACUAAAUUUUAACUGACUUUGAGUCAUGAGGUCAGUACUGUGAGGCAGUUACCUAAAUUCUCAUAUUAGGAGUUUUAGAAUGAUUUAUUGUGUGCAGCAUUUUUUUUUUUUUUUAACUUUGAAUGAUCGUGUAGAAAUACAGUACUCUUAAUAGUAUGGAAACCUGAAAUUUCAUUUAGGUUUAUUUUAUUCAGUAUCACAUGCACAUUCACUGCUGUAUUCCAUCCAGGUUUCCUUUGGCUGUUUUAAGUAUAGAACUUCUUAUUUUUGGCUGCCAUUUGAGAAUAUUACUAAUUUACUCCUUAGUAGAAGAGAAAGAAAAGAGAGAACGUUAACACUUUUGUAAUAACUAAUGUAGUUUUUUUAAAAAUUGCAGAAAAAUAAAACUGUAAGUUGCCUUUUCCUUGGAUGAAUCUUGCCUGAAUAAAAUUAUGAAAGAAAAUGCUAAUAAAAUUAAUGGUAUGUAGUCUAAUUUGUAAAUGAUUCAAUAUUGAAAUAAUACACACUGUGGAUAUAUUUUAAGGCCUUAUGUAGUUUUAAUUGUUCUGCUUGUUCUGUGGUUAUGUCUAAGACUAUUAUAUAUGAUUCCCUUAAAAGUAUAUCAAGUAUUGUGAAUGCUUCGGUUUAGACGUGUCAGAUUUAACAGUAAAAUAGCACAUAUCCCACUCAGAUGUGAUUCUGUGUUUAUAUUUUCUCAACUCUCAAUCCUAAUGCAUUAUCCUUUUCUCUGAAAAAAAAAUUUGGGGGGGAUGGAGGAGUAAAGGUGAGGCAUUAUUGUAAAUAACCUUUCUAUAAAGAAAAAAAUUUCCUAAA